AGGAACUGCUAACGUCGAUGCUAACGGCAAGGCUUAUAGAAAGAGGCGAGGACACGCGUCAUCAAUAUGUCAUAGCGACGGGGUACCACACAUGCGCAGUAAAAUCUGGUCUACACUGCGCAUGCGUAAUACCCAUAUCCCAAUACCUAACCUCUUUCUAUAGGCCUUGGCUAACGGACGGGUGUAGUCUAUUUCCUGGAAUAGAUAUCACUUGACUUGGUACGAAUGGUACUUUCACUUUGUGUGUCUGUCAAACAAAUUUUUAAACGUCGCUUAUAGGAAUAAGGAGCUGCCAUUGAGUUUUGGGAUGGCGUCAGAUGCGGUUUCCCAAAACCAUGGUUCCAAGGGGAUCAUGACUUUUUACCCCACUCCUGAGGAAUUCAAGAACUUCACCCGCUACAUUGCAUAUAUCGAGUCCCAGGGAGCACAUAAAGCAGGCCUGGCUAAAAUUGUCCCACCAAAGGACUGGAAACCCAGAGACUCUUAUGACGAUAUAGACGAUUUAGUGAUCCCUGCACCCAUUCAGCAGGUGGUGACGGGCCAGUCGGGCCUUUUCACACAAUACAACAUUCAGAGGAAGGCCAUGACCGUGAGAGAGUUUCGCAAGGUUGCCAACAGUGACCGGUUCUGUAGUCCGCAUUAUGGUGACUUUGAGGAGCUGGAAAGGAAGUACUGGAAGAAUGUGACAUUUAACCCUCCCAUAUAUGGGGCAGAUGUUAAUGGAUCUCUUUAUGGCCCCGAAAUCAAGGAGUGGAAUAUUUGCCAUCUGGACACCAUUUUGGAUACUGUCGAAAGUGAAAGCGGCAUCACUAUUGAGGGUGUUAAUACACCCUACUUGUAUUUUGGCAUGUGGAAAACCACCUUUGCAUGGCACACUGAGGACAUGGAUCUCUACAGUAUCAACUACUUGCACUUCGGAGAACCCAAAUCAUGGUACUGUGUUCCUCCAGAGCAUGGGAAAAGAUUGGAGCGUUUGGCUAAAGGGUUCUUUCCUGGUAGUUCCCAAAAUUGUGAGGCCUUUUUGAGGCACAAGAUGACUCUCAUCUCUCCCUCUAUACUGAAGAAGUAUGGUAUUCCGUUUGACAAGAUUACUCAGAGGGCUGGUGAGUUCAUGGUAACUUUCCCCUAUGCCUAUCAUGCUGGUUUCAACCACGGCUUCAACUGUGCAGAAUCCACCAACUUUGCCACAGAGCGAUGGAUUGAGUACGGCAAGCAAGCAGUUUUGUGCUCAUGCCGUAAAGACAUGGUGAAGAUUUCCAUGGAUGUAUUUGUCAAGAAAUACCAGCCAGAUCGCUAUGAACAGUGGCUGGCAGGGCGCGAUGUGUCGCCCAUUGACCACACGCGGCCCACCCCAGAGGCGAAGGAGUUCCUGGGGGAUACCUAUAAUGACAACAGUAACAGUAACUCCAUGGAGAGCUGCGGGGAGGAUGGAGAGCGGAAGGGAGCUACACAGAGGAUUGAGACCAAGAGACACCGAGUGUGUCUGGAGGUGCCUGAGGAGGUUGUUCCCAAGGAUGAAGAUGAGGAAGAUGUGGUGCAGUAUGGGAAGCGUCCCAGGCUAAGUCUUUUGCCUCCACGUUUUACGUCACAAGAUGGCAAGAGAAGUAAAGGCCCACCAAAGUUGGUUGUCACCCCAACCAAGCUCACUUUAUUGGAUCCGUUUCACAGAGGCCUGACCCAAAGUAACAGUGAUGUAAGCCGUACCCCACAUUAUACCAAGACUCGCGCACCUGCGAUCUCGUCUCAGUCCAAGCCCAGAAACGGACAUCUAUCGGUUUCAACGCUGCCUUCGUGGACAGAAGCCACCGCUCAGCCUGCCCGCAAAAUGGGGGUAGCCAGCCUGCUCUUCCACAGGACUCUGAGUCCAAAAGACGCUCUUCAAGUGCACAGCUACACUCUAGAAAAGCAGCAGCAGCAGCAGCCCCACACACAGCUGCAGGUGCACAGCUAUGCCAAAGAGCAUCUACCCCGUCAUCUCCAGCACAAAACCUGUACACCGUCACACACGCAGGUUCAGCCCUCGCCACAGCCCUCGCCACAGCCUUCGCCACAGCCCUCGCCACAGCCGGAAUUAAAGAUUAUUCUUACCAGAGCGGCACCGAUUGAAUCGGAAGCGGAGAGCCUUGAAGAGCUGGACCAAAAGGAGGACAAACCUGAAAUACCAACGCCUGUUGAGGAUCAGGCUGAAGAGGAGAAGCCUGAAGUUGAGCCCACCAGCAAGUCUGCUGCCUCUCCGACUCAAACGCCACUCAGAGAGUUGAGUAAAACAGAGACGGAGGCCCCCAAGAUCAACAAGCGAAAGAGUAACCAAGCCCCACUUGUGGAUAGUGGCAUUGUCGUCCUGAAUGACACCAUUCCCGUCAGGAAACCAGUCCAUGAUGAGGUGAAGCCGAUCGCUCAGAAUCAUUACCUCCAGCAGGUGUCAGAAGAGCAGUCGUACUGCAAGUCAGUUGUGAAGAAGCAACAGCAGCAGGCUCAGCUCUGUAAGCUGCCCCGUCAUCACCCUCUAAUCAGAGAGGCGAACAGUGACGACGAUGAGUUCAUAGAUGAGGAGUUUGAUCAAGAGGAGAAGGAGGACUGGGCAAAGCCGCUAGCCCAGCUGUGGCAGUGUCGGCCAUAUAACCCUCAGGCAGAGAGGAAGUACAACAAGAACAUGGGCCAGCAGGCCCCCUACUGCUCCAUCUGCCUGAUCUUCCACACCUACCAUCAGUCUGAGUCCAGUAGUGGGAGUGCCGACGUGAUGUUGGUGAACCGUCCUGGGGGCCGCCAGUGGUCCAAGCCACUCAUCCCUGAAAUGUGUUUCAACACCCAGUCUAGCAAGACGAAUGAUAACGGGGAGGCACAGCUGUCUCACCCUCAUAUAGCGGAAGACGGGACCAGCCGGCUGGUCAGCUGUGCUCAGUGCUGCGUCCGCGUACAUACCAGUUGCUACGGUGUGUCUGGGGAUGAAGCAGAGCUAGACGACUGGCUGUGCGCCCGCUGUGACGCUGGGGCCAUCACAGAGGACUGCUGUCUGUGCUCCUUGAGAGGCGGUGCUCUUCAGAGAGCCAACAAUGACAAGUGGGUUCAUGUGCUGUGUGCCAUCACUGUGCUGGAAGCUCGCUUUGUCAACAUCACUGAGCGAGGCCCCAUUGACCUCUCUGCAAUCCCACUGCCACGGUUCAAACUGAAGUGUUCAUACUGCAGGAAACGGAUGAAGAGGGAGGUGAAUGGCUGCUGUGUCCAGUGCUCCCACGGGCGCUGCUCGACGGCGUUUCACCCCACCUGCGCUCAGGCAGCUGGUAUGCUCAUGCACCCGGAUGACUGGCCGUUCAUUGUCUUCAUCACCUGCCACAGACACAAAUCGCCCGUCAUACCUGAGCGCAACAAGGCGUCCAUGCGCGAGCUGGCAGUCAAGCAGAGGGUGAUCUGUAAAAACAAAAACGGUCGUUACUACCACAGCGAGGUGGUGGAGCUGACCACGGCCACCUUCUACGAGGUUGUGUUCGACGACGGCUCCUACAGCGACAACCUCUUCCCAGAGGACAUCGAGAACCGCGACUGCGUCCGGCUCGGUCCACCCACCAAAGGUGAUGCUGUUAAAGUGCGAUGGACAGAUGGGUUGUUAUACGGAGCCAAGUUCAUGACGUCGCACUCCAUCCCUAUGUACCUGGUGGAGUUUGAGGAUGGAUCACAAAUGACCGUAAAGCGAGAAGACAUCUACGCUCUAGAUGAGAAUCUGCCCAAACGAGUCAAGUCACGAAUGUCGGUGGCGUCAGACAUGCGUUUCGAGCUCUUCUCGCAGGGCGACGUCAAAGAGAACACCAAAAGGCAACGGGUCAUCAACUCUCGGUACAGAGAGGACUUCAUCGAGCCCGUCAUUUACCGAACCAUCAUGGAGUGACGGCUGUUUCCUUUUCGCUCUCUCCUCCUGCUUUCCACCUCAUCAACUCAUCGCAGAGAGGUGCAGCUCCAGAUCUUUCUCUCUCGGUCUGGCUUCUCUGCUUCUGGCUACUGCUGAUAGGAACGACCCCCCUUCUCUUCUUCCUCCUCCUCCUCCUCCUCCUCCUCCUCCUCCUCAUCCUCCUCUUCUUCCACAGCCUGUCAGGCUACAUAUUUAUAAACUACGGCUGGGACUUUAAAUGACUUUUGUCUGCAUUAAAUAAUAUUCUUUGACCUACGUUUUCCAUCACACCCUGUAGAUUCUGUUUUCUUCCUCCAUUUCCUUAUUUUUUUUCUUCUUUUUCUCAGGAAGAAGCCAUCAAUGAAUUAUUAAAUAUGGAAAAGGUUGGACUAUCUAACUGGGGCAAUAUUUUUGUUUCUCUACCAGCACAUUUAGCAGCUUCACACAUUAUAAAAUGGACAAUUUUUUCUAAUUUAGUGACAUUUCUUCUAUAAAUGACCUUUUGCUCUUGACAUACAGACUUGUGUUAUUUUCAUAAUGAUGUAUCAUAAUAUUUUGCAGUGAAGAAAAAUUGUGUUUGGGAAUGAGGUUUUAAAGGAAGCGUCAUCAGGUUUUUUUCACUCAUGAAGUUAAACAAAGGCAGAGCUAUAAACUUUGAGCCAAUCAGCUGUUGACUACAAAACCAAUUAGAUGAAUCAGAACUGUGUUAAGUUGUAACCCCAAAGAAAUUUCAUAAUAUCUCAAUGUCACCUUCUGACACAUCUUUAGAUUGUACUUAUGAUUCAUGUAAUGCGAUGCAUGGAGUGAUACGUAUGUCUUCUCAUCGGUGUGUCAACGUGCGUCUACUGUGAGGAGAAGAGAACUAGUUUUAAAGGCCCAAGCCUUACAUUUCAAAGGGCCAAAGCAUACUUUGGUUUUUGUAAAGCUUAAGGUUUAUUAUGACUAUUGUAAUUAAUUAACUUUAUUUAUGCGAGUGCAUUGAGUUUGAAAACAAAGCUAUUUUUGUCAUGUCCUUUUCACAAUCUGUAGAAAACCUCAGAUGUAUUUAUAUUUAUUAUAUAGAUAGGUUUUCAGACAUCCUGUUUAAAUUGUGAGACUCUCUUCUCCUGUGUUGGGACUGAAGGGUGUGAAUGCCAAUCUGGCUCCAGUCCCUCUCGAAAACAAAAAGCACUUAUUUUUACCUCCCGCCAUGGGAGAUUUACCAUUUUGUCAACACGUGGCCUCCACUAAGAUUAGAUUUUUUUUGUGUGUUUCUGAUAAAAGCUAGCUCUAGAGGUGAACAUUGUAACCAGGUUCUAGUUUGAUCCCAAAUAAACUGAAAAAUCGGUAAGAGGA